GGAGUGACAUAGACGCCACCACACCCCCACGCAUACCCAGACACAGCUUAAUCCCAGACAUCACAAACCGGAGGAUCCCGUCAUCCCGACCACACCAACCAGAUAACCUACCUUGUAUUGACGAGCCCCUCAUGUACAGUCAGAUGUAAAUAACCGGGCUAGCCGCACUGCCACGUACAAACGCGGCCGCGGGGUAACAAAAUAGAGUACAACAACAACAACAACAACACCGCCUCCACAGUUGUCCGAGGCAGUCGAGCGGGUCGUAAAAAGCAGGAAAUCCCUUUCCUGCAGAAAACGAUAUAUGGAAAUGCAUGGCUUCAAGAGGGACUUGCCUGUAUUCAGAGCGGAUCCAGAUAUACAGCUUAUGCGUCUUUUCAACCUGAUACUGGUCAAAGCACGCGAAGUCGGCUUCGAUCAGCAGUAUCACCAUGACAUACACUAUGCCAAGCGUCCCCAACGCGAGCGGCGAUCCAAGUCGGGCCUAUCAUUCUCCCCCAGGUGUCUCGGUGUCUCGGUGCAGAUAACGGUGAACGGGAAGCUCAAAUUCGGGUUUUCCAAUGCACUCGUAAUCGUCAAUGCAAACCCCAACCUUCUCCUUCUGUUGCGAGUCCAUGGCCGCCCCCCGAUAAUCGGGCGCCGCAUUUCUCUUCGCCCGUUCGUUCUCCGGAGCCUCGACAUGAUUACUCUCCCGGAGGAACCAAACACCAACAUUGCGAGUCACCACCCGAUAUGUCGGCUGAGUCCAGUCGACAUGGAAAGCGACGGAAGCCCAACUCCAUUCCCGACAAACUGUCGCCUCCCAUCCCCGAUCCUUUUCCGCUCAACCAGUACGCGCUUUGUACAUUAUCAGUAAUUGGAAAUCGACGGCAUGUUUUGGGGAUUCAUAUCGACGGGAACAUGUUCCAGCUUUGGUAUUUCGAUCGUGCCGGUUCGAUCUGCUCGAGUAAGAUUUGCAUGCAGAGCUAUUCGCUACCUCCAUUGUGUUGCUCUCGCUGGCCGAUAAAGACAUCCUUGGUUAUCU